GAGUCACAGACACACUGGCCGGGGGAGAAACCCUCAAAGAACAAUCCCGCAGCAUUGCCAAAGCCACCACUAAGGGAUGUCCCCAAGUGCCACAUCCACAAGACUUUUAAACCCCUCCAGGGAUGAGGAUCCACCCCUACUGCCCUCGGCAGCCUCUGCCAGGGCUGGACAGCCCAUUCGGGAAAAAAAAAAUCCCAGCAUUUCCAAUAUACAUCCCAAACCUCCCCUGGCACAACUGCAGUGACAAAGCAGCAGGGACAGUAUGGUGACAGCAGGACCGUACCUCAGGUUCCUCCUGGGCGAGGUGGCACAGACCCUUCAGCAGUGGCUCAUGCCCACAUUUGGGGACUGUUACACCCCAGUGAAAUAUUACUGAAAGGUUGCCAGGGGAUGGAUUCCAUGGCUGGUUGUGUUCCAAGCAACAGUGCAGGUCCAGGACCCAGCAUAACCCGGGCUGUAGGAAAGCAAAAGGCUGGGGGCAACCACAGAAUGCUGGGCCUGGGUCACCCCUGCCUGCAUCUGUGAUGUCAUUAUGGGGCACAAUCCAGAACCAGCAAGGGGGCCCAGUGCUGGAUGUUUGGGGACAACACCAGAGUGCUCCACACACCUCAGCAAGGUCCACUGCCUCUGGCUCCAACGUGAGGGAUAACUUGGCACCUACCAAAUAUUCAUGCUCCAACAUGGAGAGGAAGAUGAGCGAUAGGAGUUGCAGUAUCUCCAAUGAACUCCGCCUGGAAGGGAGAUUCUGUGAUGUGAUCAUCAGUGUGGAUGGGGUGGAAUUCAAGGCUCACAAGCUCAUCCUCUCUUGCUGCAGUAUCUACUUCAGGACUCUGUUUACCAACUGGGACACCGCAGACAAGAUGGUGUAUCAAAUCCCUGGCAUUUCAGCUGAAAUGAUGGGUCUCAUCAUCAAUUACGCCUACACCGGGACAGUACCGAUCACAGAGGACAACGUUGAGAGUUUGCUGGCUGCAGCAGAUCAGUUCAAUGUCAUGGGCAUCGUCAGCCUGUGCUGUGAGUUCCUCAGUUCCAGGCUGUGCUUUGAGAAUUGCAUUGGCAUUUGCAGACUCACUGACUAUUACCACUGCCCCGACCUGCGCGCAGCUGCCUGCGUGUACAUCCUGCAUCACUUCGAGGAGGUGUCCCAGGUGUCCGAGGAGUUCCUAGACCUCUCUGCCGAGGAGCUGGCACACAUCAUUGAGAAGGAUGAGCUGAACGUGCGGCGAGAAGAAGCCGUGUUUGAGGCUGUGCUGAGGUGGAUCGCUCAUGACCCGCAGAACAGGAGGCAGCACAUCGCCAGCUUGCUCAGCAAGGUGGGUGCAGCGCUGCUUUGGAGCUGUCCCCAAAGGCUACCGAGGGUGAAACCAUCAGUAUUAGUACUCCAACCCCCUCCUUGCAUGUUGCAGGUUCGACUGGCACUCCUACAAUCCGACUACUUCAUGAACAACGUCAAAGCUCACGAGUACGUGAAAGACAAUGCCAGCUGCAAAGAUCUCAUCAUCAGUGCCCUGUCCGAAAUCUAUGACUUGAACUCCUACGGCCAGAGUUCCUCAGUCAAUGCCAACCCGCUGACCCGGCCGCGCCUGCCCUACGCCAUCCUCUUCGCCAUCGGGGGCUGGAGCGGCGGCGGCGCCACCAGCGCCAUCGAGACCUACGACGGCCGCACUGACAAGUGGCUGAACAUCCCCUGGGAGCAGGAGAGCCCCGUUGCCUAUCAUGGCUCGGCUUACUUGAAAGGCCACGUCUACGUUAUCGGUGGAUUCGAUGGCACAGAUUAUUUCAACAUCGUCAAGCGGUUUGAUCCGCUGCAGAAGACGUGGCAGCAGGUAGCGCCCAUGCACUCACGGCGCUGCUACGUCAGCGUCACCGUUGUGGACAACUUCAUCUAUGCCAUGGGAGGCUUUGAUGGGUACAUGCGGCUCAACACAGCAGAGCGGUAUGACCCAGACACCAACCAGUGGACCCUGAUCACCCCCAUGCACGAGCAGAGGAGCGACGCCAGUGCAACCACGCUGAAUGGAAAGGUUUACAUCUGUGGUGGGUUUGAUGGCGAUCAGUGCCUCAGCUCAGCUGAAGUGUUCAACCCCAUCACAAACCAGUGGUCCCUGAUUGCCCCAAUGAGCAGCAGGAGGAGCGGAGUUGGGGUGAUGGCGUACGGGAACCAGGUGUACGCGGUUGGAGGGUUUGAUGGGAACAGCCGGCUCCAGACCGUGGAAGCGUACAACCCUAUCGCCAACGCCUGGCACGCCGUGCCCUCCAUGCUAAAUCCGCGCAGCAACUUUGGCAUUGAGGUGAUGGACGGCCUGUUGUUCGUGGUGGGGGGCUUCAAUGGCUUCAGCACCACUGUUGCCACCGAGUGCUACGAGGAGGACACCAACGAGUGGUACGACGCCCACAGCAUGGGCAUCACCCGCAGCGCCGUCAGCUGCUGCGUGGUGCCAGGACUCUCCAAUGUCAUGGAAUACAUCGCCAGGCAACACUACUACCAGCACAGCUCCUCCAUGGACAUCUUGUUCACCAGUUCAACUCGGAGCUCGCCGUUGUAAAUAGUUCCCCUUACCUAGGAGUGUUGUGAUCAGCCAUCACUGGAUGCUCGUGUAAAUAGUUCUGCGUAUCUAAUAAAGUCUUCUGAGCAUCCCACCAUUGGAUGCCUGUGUAAAUAGCUCUCUACAGGUAAUAAAGUCCCCAUGGCAGCAAGGGAGUAUGUUCUCUUGUUC